AUGGGUGAUAUCAUUCGUUUACUGGAUUCUUCUGGUGAAAAGGUUGUUGAUUCUGUUGCAUGCGACUAUGAAGACUCUUUUUCAUUAGAGACGUUUGGCGACUUAUGCGAAAUGCAUCGCAGAGCAUCUCCAAAAGAAAAGUCGUUUAUUAUUGCGCGCGUACAAACAUGGGAUCCAAAACAGCCAGACAAGGCUUUUUACUCGUACUACAAUGCUUUUCAUCUCAACAAGAUACUGUUUCAGACACAGAAUUAUCUUGGAAAACGAUUCAUACAUCGUUUGCACGUGCUGAAUCCAUUAACAAAUUCAGACAUCAUUGGUAACGUUCAGUACUACAUACUCAAAAAUCGUUCGUUUAAUACUGAUGGGGUGGUUGAAAUCCCUUUACUUCCUCCCGCAGAAAGUGUCGAGCUGUUUAAACCACCUGCUGAUGAUACAUCACUUGCAGUAUCAACAAAAACUUCUGUCAUAUCCAACUCGGAACUGUAUAUUCCUCCUCCUACUUCCUAUCAAAAAUCUAGAAAAACCUCGUUACGCUUGCAUAUCGAUCCCACCACCCUUGGUGGUGCAAGCUUUAAAAGUCCUGGCGAAUUUACUCCAGGAACUCCCGCAAUUAUUGAGGUGGAGGAAGAUGAGCCGGGUCCAGCCUGGACACGUGGAAUGCAUGCUGUUGCUGAAGUAUUAGACGACGAUAGUGCAGAAGGGGUAAAGUCUGGCAGCCAUGGCAAUAUAUUUCAAGCAAGCUUUAGCAAAUCUAAGGCAUAUUUUCGUCGUACCGGCCCAUUUAGUGCUACUGUUGCUCCAUCCGAAUCCGAGAUUAUGAAAAUCAAAGCAUCACAAAAGCGAUCCAUGUCGCUUACAGUAGCUCAAGCAAAAGAUCUUAUCCCAGAGGGUGUAAAGAAUCGUCGUCGCACAGAGUUUUCAAUUCCAAUUACUAAUUUGCCCCCUUCAAAGCCAGUACACGUUCAUCAGCCUAAGAAAGUUCAGGCACCGCCUGGAAUCAUUACUCGAUUUACUGUGCCUGUGCCCAAAGACGACCUAGUAAAGAUUGUGCCCAAAACUUACCGUGGGCAUCGUCGUUCACUUUCUUACCAAAACGCCGUAUCAGCAUCGGGGACACCUGCCUCGUUCGAGGAAUGGGUGCGAAUGGUGCAUCUGGAAAAAGGACAGCUUAAAGACAAACAGAUGAACGAGUCGGGUGAUGAGUACGAUGUGGUAAAACCCUUUGCACAAACACCCUUGCAAAUCAAUCUCAAUGAUCUUGGGCCAAACGUUAUGAUCAACGGCUCUUCAAUCAAAACAUGCGGUUCCGAAGUAGUCCAACCGACUACACCAAAGCUGCCCGUCGAUAUCGUUCCGCAGGCUAUUCACUCGGUAACGUCCAAAGUAUCAAAUGAUGAUAUAAAUGAUGACACGGAGGAUUGUGAAUCACAAGUGGAGUUGACGGUAUACGAUGCACACUUGAUCGCCACAGACAAUGACUUUUUAGAGUCGUCUAAAAUUCGAGCCAUUUUUCGAGAAAAUGCAGUUGUUCCAGAUGAUGCAAAGUUGUUUGAAAUGCCCGAGUUUAAUGGUGAGCACAACACCACCCCUACGAUCGAGAUUGUUGGGGAUUCAUUACUAUGCGAUUGGUUUUAUCCCAGCCCACAAACUCUGGCAUCCAUAAGCCCAUGCAUGCGAACCUUUCACCGAGGAACAGAAUUUCACGAGUACCCGCUUGAUAAUUUUGGAAAAUAUAUUGUAUGA